AUGUCUUCACUGUCAUCGCAAACAUACGAAACAUCGGCUACACUUGGAGUUAGACGAUUCGCUUCUGAAGUCGAUGGUGACGACUCUUUUGUUGGAGUUGAGUCAAUGAUAGGUAAUGGAGUUGAUUCACUUCUUCCAUCGACAGUGAAACUGAGCUCAGUUCUAGCAGAACAAAUAAUUGUUUCUGUAGAAACGACGGAGCAGGAACAAGUCGAUCCAUCCACAACGGCGUUUUCUUCCUGUUGUCACACCAACUUCCUUUCCAAUCGACUGCAACUUCUCACCAUCAGAAUCGAAAAGCUCAGUGGGGAAUGGUCCAGUUCCGACACGGGUUUGGUAAGCCUUGACUACACCAAUAACGUUUCCUACAGCAGUUGGUGGCACUCCGAGGCCAGUACAAGCUCCUCCGACAGUGGAGUUGGAAGAGGUGACAUACGGAUAAGUUCCGAAGUCAAUAUCGAGAAGAGCUCCGUUUGCUCCCUCAAUGAGCACUUGCUUUCCAGAGUUACGCUGGUCAUGAAUGAAUCCAACAGUGUCUCCGACAAGUUUCAAGUCGGCAAGCUUCUGGCGGUGUACUUUGAAUCUUCCGAGCUCCUCCUCCACAUUGACUUCAAUAGAUGGGAAUUGCUUCUUGUAAUGCUCGACGAGACGACGGUACUUCUCAGAGAAUUCAUUGAAAUCGGCCAUCAAAAUUCCAUUGUGUGCGAGCUCGGAGAAGAAAGCGUCCAAAUUGACAACAACACCAUUUCCGAUGACAUUGAAGCAAGUUGGGCUGAUAAUUCCACUUGGCAAAAUGUGGAAGUCGUAUUUCCGGCCAUUGGCGACAACCGUGUGUCCUGCGUUGUUUCCUCCUUGGCAUCUUGCAGUCACGUUGAUUUUGUGAUUCUCAAUCAGAUAGUCGAUAAUCUUUCCUUUUCCUUCAUCACCCCAUUGAGCACCCACAGAGACAUUAACGAUUCCGUUGGCGUCAAUAUCGAAAGUAACUUCGACUUGUGGAACUCCGCGUGGUGCUGGUGGAAUUCCGACAAGAGAAAAUUGACCGAGAAGCUUGUUGCUGGUGGCCAUCUCGCGUUCUCCUUGGAAAACUUUGAUCUGCACUUGAGUUUGUCCAUCAGCAGCGGUGGAGAAGACUUGGGAUUUCUUGGUUGGGAUAGUUGUGUUUCUGGUGAUAAGCUUGGUCAUGAUUCCUCCAAGAGUCUCAAUACCAAGAGAAAGUGGAGUGACGUCAAGGAGAAGAACGUCAGUGACAUCUCCAGCCAAAACAGCUCCUUGAAUAGCAGCUCCCAUAGCGACAGCCUCAUCUGGAUUAACAGCCUUCGAUGGAACUUUUCCGAAAAUCUCUUGGACUGUAGCUUGAACCUUUGGCAUUCUGCUCAUUCCUCCGACGAGAAUCACGUCAGCAAUUUGAUUUGA